AUGGUCUUUUCUUGCCAAAACUACACCGAGGUGCAAAAGGUGCAAUUGGCCACCAUGGAAUUCACUGAGUACGCUGUGGUUUGGUGGGACCAAAUCAAGAAGUCUAGAAGGAGAAAUGGGCUACCUGAGCUCAUUCCAUGGCCCGAGCUUCGAGCCAUGAUGCGCACCCGCUUUGUACCUGGACGUUACACUAGGGAUUUAUACCACCGGUUACAAACCUUAGUCCAGGGCAACCGGAGUGUGGAUGAGUACCACAAGGAGAUGGAGAUCCUGAUGCUUAGAGCGGAUGUACAGGAGGAUCCUGAAGCCACCAUGGCGAGAUUCUUGAGCGAGUUACGACCCGAUAUUGCUGAACGAGUGGAACUUCAAUAUUAUAUGGAGUUGCAUGAGCUUGUAGACAAGGCUAUUAAGGUCGAGCAAAGGCUCAAGAGGAGGGGUACCACUCGAUCAAAUUUCGGCAAUACCACCUACUCUACCAACCGCCCAUUCCAACCAAGGAAUGAUUCUCGGCCUUCACCAAAUGCUCCUACACCAAAGCCGAGAUUCGAGGGAGGUAAGGUGGGCAACCCUAGUAUUAGUAAGCCGCCCUCUUCUACUCCAAAAUUUGAGGAGCCUAGGGUACAAACUAGAGCUCGUGAUACUCGAUGCUUCAAAUGCCAAGGUAGAGGCCAUAUUGCUAGUCAAUGUCCCAAUCAAAGGACUAUGAUUAUGAUGCAAAAUGGUGAGAUCGUGAGUGAGGACGAAGCCGAGUACGAAGGCAUACUACCUCUUGACGGAGGUAAUGAUGGGGAAUCACCAAAUGAAGAGGAGUUUAGUGCACCCGAGGGUCAUUUUGGGUCUGCAUUGGUUGCAAGGAGAGCAUUAACUGCACGUGUUAAGGAGGACGAGCUUCAACGGGAGAACAUCUUCUACACCAGGUGCUUCGUCAACCAAGCACUUUGUAGUGUGAUUAUUGAUAGUGGGAGCUGCACAAAUGUAGCUAGUUCACUCAUGGUGGACAACUUGAAGUUGCCUACAAGGGAUCACCCGCGACCCUACAAACUCCAAUGGCUCAACAACUCUCGGGAGGUUCGAGUAACCAAGCAGGUUCUUAUAUCCUUCCAAAUCCAUAAAUAUUCUGAUGAAGUAUUAUGUGAUGUAGUUCCUAUGCAGGCUAGUCACAUUAUACUAGGUAGGCCUUGGCAGUUUGACAGACAGGUGACUUUUGAUGGUGUGACUAAUAAGUAUAGUUUCUUGUACAACACCAAGAAAGUGAGGAAGUUAAUGAGAGAUGAGCAGCCACUUCUUAUGCUUGUUAGCAAAGAAGUAGCUCUGAAUGUGCAUGAACUUGAUAUUGACAUACCUCUCGAGGUUAAGUCUCUUUUACAGGAGUAUGCUGAUGUCUUCCCUGAGGAUGUGCCAAGUGGAUUGCCGCCACUUAGAGCUUACAAGAGCAACCCGGAGGAGACUAAGGAGUUGCAAAGGCAAGUGGAUGAGUUGCUUGGCAAAGGAUGGGCACGUGAGAGCUUAAGCCCGUGUGCUGUUCCAGUCAUUCUGGUGCCCAAGAAAGAUGGAAAAUUCGUGGUAGUUUACUUUGAUGAUGUCUUAAUUUAUAGCAAAUCUUAUGAUGAACACCUCGAGCAUAUUAGGGCUGUUAUGGAUGUACUUCGACGAGAGCAGCUCUAUGCCAAUCUCAAGAAGUGUAAUUUUUGCACUAAUGAGCUUGUGUUUCUAGGGUUUGUUAUAAGUGCGCAGGGAAUGAAGGUGGAUGAUCAAAAGGUGAAAGCUAUUCAAGAGUGGCCAACACCAAGGUCUGUGGGUGAUGUUCGAAGCUUCCAUGGCCUUGCGGGUUUCUAUAGGAGAUUCGUGAGGGACUUUAACACUAUUGCUGCACCCUUGACCGAGUUGAUUAAGAAGAAUGAGAACUUCCAUUGGGGAGAUUCUCAAGAACAAGCCUUUCACGCUUUAAAGCACAAACUCACACAUGCACCUGUACUUGCUUUACCUGACUUUUCUAAGACAUUUGAGAUUGAUUGUGAUGCUUCAGGUAUUGGAGUUGGAGCUGUGUUGAAUCAAGGAGGAAGACCUAUUGCCUACUUUAGUGAGAAACUCAAUGGGGCUGCACUGAACUACUCAACUUAUGAUAAAGAGUUGUUGUCUUCGAUCCUUACAGAUGCACUCUCCCGAAGGUACUCUCUACUCACCUCCUUAGAUGCUAAGUUGCUAGGGUUUGAACUGAUUAAAGAGCUUUAUACCCAAGAUAGUGACUUCGGUGAGCUUUACACUUCUUGCAAACACACUGGGCAAGGUAAGUUCUUCAUUUCCGAUGGUUACUUGUUUUGUGCCAAUCGGCUUUGCGUCCCACAUGGAUCACUCCGAGAACUCUUGGUAAGGGAAUCCCACUCAGGUGGACUUAUGGGACACUUUGGGGUUGAUAAGACUCUUGCCAUGCUGCAGGAACACUUCUAUUGGCCGCACAUGAGGAGAGAUGUUGCACGGGUGGUAGAUCGGUGCUUAGCUUGUAAGAAAGCUAAAUCCAAGGUACACCCGUAUGGCCUUUACACCCCAUUACCUAUUUCUAGUGCACCAUGGGUAGAUAUUUCUAUGGAUUUUAUACUUGGUUUGCCUAGAUCCAAGUAUGGCCAUGACUCCAUUUAUGUGGUAGUGGAUAGGUUCUCUAAAAUGACACACUUCAUUGCUUGUCAUAAAACGGAUGAUGCAUCUCAUAUUGCUAACUUAUUCUUUAAAGAGAUUGUGAGAUUGCAUGGCAUUCCUAGGACCAUUGUAUCUGAUAGAGAUGUUAAAUUUCUAAGCUACUUUUGGAAGACACUCUGGUCUAAGUUAGGCACCAAAUUGCUAUUCUCUACUGCUAGUCACCCCCAAACUGAUGGCCAAACUGAGGUGGUGAACCGUACAUUAGGUACUUUGUUGCGUGCCAUCAUCAAAAAGAACUUGAAAUCAUGGGAAGAGUGUUUACCUCAUGUUGAGUUCGCUUAUAAUAGGGCUAUCCAUUCUACUACUGGUUUCUCUCCAUUUGAAUGUGUUUAUAGUUUUAAUCCGCUAACACCACUUGAUCUAGUGCCAUUACCUAGUAAUGAGCGCGCACAUUUGGAUAGUAAACAACGUGCAGAGUUCGUUAAGCAACUGCAUGAGAAAGUCAAGGCAAACAUUGAGAGGAGAACUGCUCAAUAUGUCAAGCAAGCUAACAAGGGUCGCCAAAAGUUGAUUCUUGAACCUGGAGAUUGGGUGUGGUUACACAUGCGCAAGGAACGUUUUCCUGUUCACAGGAGAAACUAUGAUGCUUUUGAUUUGAGGGCAAAUCCUUCUCAAGAGGAGGGGAAUGGUAGCAUCAUAGGCCUGAAUGUGGAGAUCCAGAAGGACCUAGCUGUAACCCAAAUUAAUGCUUUUAGUGAGGUCGUGGAGAAGGCUCAACGAGUGGAAAGUGCCAGGCUACAAGUGAGGAAUUUCCAAGACAAGAAGCGAGGCUUUCCUGGCUGUAGUUCGGGGCAGGGGAAUAAAGGUACCCCUCCCAAGUUUGGAAUGGGGACCGGAGGAGGAAGGCAGCCUAGAAAGUGA